AUGGCUUCUCGAGCAAAUGCCAUGCUCUCAAGAGCCAGUAGAAUGAAACAGAAGCUUCAAACUGCAUUGGAAGCGAGUGUUUUAGAGAUAGAAGAUGUUUCUUAUCAGCAUGCUGGCCAUGCUGGUGUUAAGGGAGAUGCAACAGAGACCCAUUUUAAUGUGAAGAUUGUUUCUCCCAAGUUUGAAGGGCAGAGUCUUGUCAAGCGUCAUAGGCUUGUGUAUGAUUUGUUGACAGAAGAGUUGCAAUCUGGUCUUCAUGCUCUCUCUAUUGUGGCAAAGACCCCCCAAGAAGUUGGAAGAAGUUAAGGUCUUAUUCUCUUUCACAAGUUGUGUCACCAGUGAUAUGGAUUCAUUUAUUUGUGGUAGCUUGUCGGCCUCUAUAAUCUUUUUAGUUUUUUUUUUUUUCCUAUGUUUUCUUCUUUCUUUGUUUGAAUCUGGGUCUUUUUGGUCAACAUUAUUAAAGCCUUUUCUUCAUUUUCAUGGCAUGAA